AAAAUUGCUUUGAUUUAGAUUUUUAGAGAAGGCAUUUAUGUACGAAAAAAAAAGUAAUAUUGACAUUUAUUUUAUUUCUUUUUUCUGUUUGCAGGAUUACAUUGUAUUUUUACCACAAGAUUAUUACAACGCAGACCUUCUCAAUGACGUACAACCAGGACCAUGUAUGCUGCGGACCUCCAAACCGGAGGGCUGUGAUAUGUAUACAUAUUAUGACCCUAGAAGUCCAUCAAUCGUCACUGUGUCUGGGAACCGUGCUUACACGCACCCAUUCAGAAGGCAGGCCUAUUUAUUCACAGAUACACUAUACUACCUAGAUGAACCCAAACUCUCUAAUAUGGCCUUGCUGGGAGAAAGUCAGGUAUUAAACUUUUUAAAAAACUCGUAAGAGAAACUAUGUAAUUUAAGAUCAGUUCCGACAUCAGUUUAAAUUUACACUUCUGUUCGUAGCCUAUCCUAGGCUUCGACAUCACAGUACCAGAGUCUGGGCCUUACGUUGUCAUGGCCUCUUACGUCCAUCCGGAGAGAUUCAUUCACCGAGUAUCCAUCACAAUAGGUAACCAGCGAGGGACGAUGGAGAUUCUGCCAUGCAAAUACCAGUUUUUAUGCCGCCAGUUUGCUAUGGAUGGCAACAAGCGCCCUAAGAACUACGAGCUUAAGGCCAGACAGACCAUUGGGAUUAAAAUUGAAAGCUCUGCAUCUGCCAAGAUCGGCGUGGUAAGCAUUCUGUGUCUUGCGUUAAGUUGAUUAGACUAGGUGUAACAUUUUUAUCGAUGCGUGCCAUUCUAUUACGUCACUGUGGAUUUUUGGAGGGUUUUAUGGCAGAACCAGCUGUUUUAAAGAACUGCCGGAUACUAGAGAUUUAAUGUAAUUGUUCGCCAAUUUUGCAUAUAUCAGGAUGUUGUUUGAUGAAACAAAAAAUAUUGAGAUGGUAACUUUUAAGCUUGUUCGUCGAAGAGAAAAGAAGAGAUGCAAACUUCAGAUUUGCCUAUCGUUGGACAAAGAGUGAAAAUUUAUUCAUACUUCAGAAGUUAAACUGGGGAUCUUCCGUUCACAGUUGCAUAUUCGUAUUGCACAUUCCAUCUCAAUACAGUAUUUAUUACUUUGGUCAUGGGGUUGAUAAUAACAACGAUGACGAUGACGAUGACAAUGACAAUGAUAAUGAUAAUGAUAAUGAUAAUGAUAAUGAUAAUGAUAAUGAUAAUGAUAAUGAUAAUGAUAAUGAUAAUGAUAAUGAUAAUGAAUAAUGACAAUGAUAAUGACCAUAACCAAAAUAAUAGCCUUAAAUUUGAUGAUAAUGACAUGGCAAUAACGAUGAUGAUAGUGAUGAUGAUGAUGAUGAUGAUGAUGAUGAUGAUGACGACCACGAUGAUGAUAACUGACCCAUCUUCCCUUCCUUCCUGCCGUUGUUUUCCAGAGUUCUGUCACCGUCAUACCUCAAGCAAAGUGGAACAUACAGUACAUCGAACCCAGGCUUCUUUGCAGAAUGGUCAAUAAAACAUGCUUUCCUGCCACUUAUCCAAUACCUGAGAACGCAUUUCAGCUGGUUGCAUUUUCUCACCGGACUAAAGAUAAGGUAGUUCUCAUAUGGCAAAACAAGCAAUAUGUGGUACUUGUGUUAUAUAUUGGAAAAUUUUUCUGAUGUCACACUAGUAAAGCCUUUAUGCGGUGAACCUGUGCUAAUUUAACCACUUGCUGUAUUAAAUCGCAUCACUCUUAGUGAUUUUGUGGCUAUGAAGUCAUCUGACGUAACCUCCGUUUGUUCAUCCUCUAACCUCUGAUUUCUUCCCUAGAUGACAUCAAUUUUCAACGGGGCUGUCAAGGCCUUUGUGUCGUACCGCAUAAUCAUACACUAUCGACAGUCUAACAGUCUAUCUAAAAAAGUUGAAGAACUAUCGAUUACUGGCCACCAAAAGCCGAAUAUUCCCGUAACGUUCCACUACUGUCCUGCCGAUCCCGGCUGCCGUGUCGUCGUCGGGGAAGAGGAAGCCUUAAAUUUCGUGUUCAACCGAGGGAUUUUCACUGCCACGAUACAACACGAGAGGCGAACUCUACUGGUAGGCAGAGUAAACUUAUUCGUACAAUUUCAAAUAGAGUGACAAAGCAGUAUGAUUUUUACGCAACUAGGUAACAAAAUUCAGCCGGCUUAGGUAGUGUCAAUAGUUGAUUGAGUCUUUUUGUGGGUGUUCAAUUUCUUUUUGUAGUGCGAAAUAGCUUGUUCUGAGUUUAGAGACUCGAGAAAGUCCACUGUUACUGUAUAAGCGUCAAUAAAAGUUUAAGUCCUCAUCAGAAUACAAUCGCUGUUAAUUCUAUGAUUUUCUUUUCUAGUCGUAUCUACUUCUCGUGCCUCAAAACGUCUACUCCACAAGCCUUCUUGAGCUACAGUCUAGCGACAAAGUUACUGAAUUUUUGCAAAGUUGUGGUAAAGACCAUUUCCAUAUAAACCCAGUUCGCGGUCGACAGUGUCGACAGGAUGUGUUCUCUUUGACAAUGCGUUUCAUAGGAGGUCCUUUACGAUGCACGUGCAACGUUUUGGGCUCAAGGUCCUCGGUCUGUGAGGAGUUUGGUGGGCAGUGCUUGUGCCGGACCAAUGUGGUGGGUAGGAAGUGUGACAGAUGUAAGCUUGGUCACGCUGGAUUCCCACGCUGUAGACGUAAGUGGAACAUUAUUCGUUUUUCAUCAAAGUUGCCUGGAACAAAUUACUUACCAUUUGCCACUUACAAUGAAUAAAUUUAAUAUAGCUUAACAGUAAAUUAAUGAAAUGAGAAAUAAAUUACAAUGAAUUAUACGUCGAAUUACAAAACUAAUUAUAUAUUUACUUAAGCAGUAAACCAUGCAUUAAAUUGCCUAAAUACAGCUUAACAAUAAACCUUUACACAGCUUAGCGAUAAUUAUGGUCCAAUUUCUUUCACUUAUUGCUUUCUACUAACAGUCACUUUCUUUACUAAGAGUAACAAAAUUAAAAAAAGGAAAGAAAAGCUUGAAAAGAGAGCAUGCACUGGUAGAGGAAGCAGAAGAUUUUCUACAUCCACUCCUUUAUCCUCUUCCUCUCUUCAUGUCCUCCCUCAGUGGGCAAGAUACAGAAAGACGCAGAAUGGUUUUUACCGACAUUCUCAACGACCUCUCUACUUUAGUAUUACUCAAGAUAAUUUUAUAACCCUUCGAAACCCUCGUUCCCCAUAUUUUCACCAAUGUUACAAAGCUUCUUUUGUUUCAUUUACCAAGGGUGUGGCUGCCACGUGGUGGGAUCAGUUUCUCCUACUUGUAGUACAAACGGACGGUGCCGCUGCAAGCCUGGAUUUGGAGGAUACAAGUGCGACAGAUGUAUAUCUUCCACUUAUUAUGGAUUCCCAAAUUGCAAGCGUAAGUGGAUAUUUUUACUUUCGACUGUUGAUUUUUGAGAUUUAUAGGAAACUGGGGCCUGGCAACAACAUUGAAAGGCUUUAUCGAAAGGAUAAAGAGCGCGUUCGUUCGUUCGUUCUAUGCUCCCCGUCAUCCCCGCGCACUGCAUUUUCAUGCUUCUUUCAAUGAAAAUGAUUAACUUACAAAAGUGACAAUGAACAGAGCUAGAGGGAUGGAUAAGCUAAGUUGAAAAUGUGUUGAUCCACACAAUGGUACAAGCAUCCUAAGGGUUAAAAAGUGGACUUUUUGUUUAAAUAUCUCUUCAUUUUCUGGUUUGCGAGGUGAGAAAGUAUAAAACUUUUGGUGAUGAACUUUUUACAGCGGGUCAAUGGCGAGACUAGCUUAAAGAGGCCUCAAAACAGAGAGGGAGGGGUGAGGUAUUAGAGCUUUUACUGUAUACUGCUACGCACAUGUCUGUGAUUUAAGGAUAUUGACGAUAGGAUAUCGAUAAUAAUCCUGGUUUAGGACUUUCCCAUAAGAAAGUUCUCUAUAUGCUACCGGGUAUAGACAACAGAUGACUCUGAGGAUAACGCUGUAUCUCUUAUGCCAUUCAGCUUGCGCUUGCAACACUCGUGGCUCAUUAAGCACUUUCUGUCGCUCAAGAGAUGGCCAAUGUCAGUGCAGGCGAAAUUUCAAUGGAAAGAAAUGCAACGAGUGCAGAAUUGGCUAUUAUGAUUUUCCAAGCUGUAAGAAGUGUAGCUGUGAACCGGCUGGAAUCAAAUUACUCCCUGGUGAAAAGAAUGGAUGUGGAUCUGUCGAUAAUGUAAGUACUAGCUAGAGAACCUCCAGACGUGAUAAACAUAUAACACCUCAUGAAAUUAAGAGACCCUCGCAGCUAAGAACACUACUGAAACGAGUAGUUGAAAGUAGGACCUGAAAAAAAUUCAGGCCCGAACGGGAUUUGAACCCAUGACCUCUGCGAUACCGGUGCAGCGCUCUACCAACUGACAAGCCAACUGGGAGCUGGUCAAUGAGUUGGAUCCAAAUAAACAAUCCAAGUAAUGAAUGAUGAUUUUAGAUAUAUGAAAUUCAUAUAUUUGCACUGCGGUGAAUAGAUGAAUAUAUGAAAAAAUACAUGAAUUUCAUAUAUCUAAAAUCAUCAUGUAACACCUCCUUAACCCUUUAACUCCAAGAUAUAAUUAGUAAUUCUCUCGACAAGCUGUCAUAGAUUUCCUUGUAAAUUAGACGUAAUCAAAAAGGAGAAGGUACAUGUAAAUCACGGCUGAGAGUUAAAGAUUUAAUUAAGAAAUAAAUUAUCCAAACAAAAUGGUGAUGAGAAUAAACUCAUUUAUCAUCAAGGGUGUUUUAUCUUGAUAUCACUACAAAUUCUUUUAACCAAUUUCCCAGAGAACAUGUAGAAACUCGAAGGGAGAUCUUUGCACUGAUUUUUCAAGGAGACUUGCGUUCCCCUCAUAGCUAAUCAGAUUCGAAAGCUAAAUCAAUCCCGCACUUCAGUCAGUUUGUUUGUUGUUACUUUAAGUUCUCAUUGCAUAGCUCCUUGUUAUUUUAACCGUUGGUCUGAUAGGCCUUUGUGAUAAAUUUGAUUCGGUUUUGGUUUUGCAACACCCAGGGAUACAUCGACUGAGUGUCAAUCUCUCCUUCGUUCCCUAGACUAACUGCAGGUGCAAAGAUAACGUGAUGGGUGACAAGUGUGACAGCUGCAAACCGUUCCACUUUAAUCUUCAUAUAAAUAACCCUUUGGGUUGUCAGUCAUGUGGCUGCAACACUAAUGGAUCUUUGGGAUUGAUCAAAACGUGUCACGAGACCACCGGACAGUGCCUCUGUAAGAGUCACGUAACUGGUCGCCAAUGUGACCAAUGCAAAGAAGGCUAUUAUAGCAUCGAAGGACCAAAUGCAUUCGGCUGUAAACGUAAGUAAUUUUCUUUCUAAAGUAUUUAAGUAGACUCUCUUCGUUACCUGUUUGGAAAAUUCCCAAUGACGUCUCGUUUGACCAAGAAUGAGAAAUUCUACCCACAGAAUGACAACUUAUUACUGAGCUACUGCAGUUUUUAAAUCGUUUUCGUUUGGACGUUUCUCGUGCCUUGCCGUCAAUCAGCUGUUUUGCAAUCUUUAGCGCAGAUACAAAACAAAAUAGAAAAGAGAUUUGUCAGUCAAUGUAUCUAAACUUUCGGUCUUAAGGAAAUCCAACGUGGCCGUCCACGUUUGUGCAUUUGGAAUCAGCUUCAUUUAUGUUUACAACCCUUUCCAAAAGGAAAAAAAGCCGCUUUUCUUCCAAAUAAUUCUGUUCUAUUAAGUUUUGGAAAUUUAGAAAUGAUAUGCCAUUUUGGCAAAGAGGAGAUUCGUUAGCAGAGCGAGGUUUUGAUCCUCGGACCUCUGGGUUAUGGGCCCAGCACGCUUCCACUGCGCCACUCUGCUGCUGAUAGGCAAAAGGUCUGGAAAGAAAAGAGUGGAUCGUCAUUCACGCAUUACUUUUAGCUAAGCUUUAGACUCGCUUAUUUGCGCCUUUUGUAUUACAACGUUUAGUCUGAGAGACGCCCAUUUUACUUUGAAUAUUUGUGUAUUGAGAGUCAGUUCCAUUUGUGUUUAUAACCCUUUCCAAAAGAAAAAAAAGUUGAGUCUCUUCCAGAUAAUUCUGUUCCAUUAAGUAGGGAAAGUUUAGAACUAUUAAGUAUCUGUGUUAUUCAAAAAAAAAUUAUUAGCAGAGCGAGGUUUUGAUCCUCGGACCUCUGGGUUAUGGGCCCAGCACGCUUCCACUGCGCCACUCUGCUACUGAUAGGUAAAACAUAGGGAAACAAAAAGAUUGAAUCGUCAUUCAUUCAUUACGUUUAGCUUUGACUCACCCACUUGCUUUUUUUGUUUUGAAACGUUUAGUCCCAGAGACGUACAUUUUCACUUUGAAUGUUUGUGUAUUUAGAGUCAGGUCCAUUUAUAUUUAUAACCCUUUCCAAAAGGAGAAAAAGUUGAGUCCUUCCCAAUUAAUUCUGUUUUAUUAAGUAUGGAAAGUUUAGAAAUAAUAAGUAUCUAUGCCAUUUUGACAAAAAGGAAAGUCGUUAGCAGAGCGAGGUUUUGAUCCUCGGACCUCUGGGUUAUGGGCCCAGCACGCUUCCACUGCGCCACUCUGCUGCUGAUGGGUAAAAGCCUGGCGAACACAAGAUUUGCCCGCCUUUCUUGCGUCCAUUUUACUUUGAAUAUUUGUAUAUUUAGAGUCAGCUCCGUUUAUAUUUAAAACUCUUUCCAAAAGGAAAAAAAGCUGAGUCCCUCCCAAAUAAUUCUGUUCUAUUAAGUGUGGAAAGUUUAGAACUAUUAAGUAUCUGUGCUGUUUUGAAAAAAAAAAUUACUAGCAGAGCGAGGUUUUGAUCCUCGGACCUCUGGGUUAUGGGCCCAGCACGCUUCCACUGCGCCACUCUGCUGCUGAUGGAUAAAAGCCAGGCGAACACAAGAUUUGUCCGCCUUUCUUGGGUUUCUUUUACUUUUGAGCCACGCACCUGCGCUUCUGUCGAGAAGAUUUCGUUUUGUCGUCUCUGCUACGAAACAAGGAAGCAAAAAGGAAAUAAACGUGAACUUCUGAGGUAAUGGGAACAGCAUUUUCUCCGGCAGUGUACUGAGGUGUUGUGUUUCAACAUCGUUAUCGAUAAAGAUGAAUAGCAAGCAAACCAAAGUGUCACUUUAGAAGAGAAUUUUUUUAUGUUUGGACCUCUGGGUUAUACGUUGCUAAUAAUUUUCAGUGUUAGACUUUCACUUCAUACUUGAAUAAUUUCGUUUUCUAGUUCUUGCUCUUAAAAGAGAAAAGAAAACGGACUAAAGCUGUUUUAAGAAAUUUUAGUGAAUCAAAGAGAUAAAAGCGUGCAACAAAAGGUUUGAUUCGCGGACCUCUGAGUUAUAGGUUCACCCACUGCGCCACAAUGCUGGUUUGGUAGCUUCAUAUAUACUCUGGUUUUCUCCAUAUUUUCGUGUAAAUGUGUCUCAAAAUUAAAAAAAAAAGAUCUCUCGCUUAAUGAAGGCUCUCCUGUUAAAUUUAGGUUAUAUUUAUUAAUGAAUUGAGGUUCAAAAAGCUAAACAAAGGAAUUAUUAAGUACUGUAACAAGCUUGACACUUAUCUCCUUGAGCAUUUAACGGCAGCGUGGUGUUAUUUUUCUGAGCAAGGGUUUUUAUAAAUACUCAGUUGAAGUGUAUACCCAAGACUAUGAAGAUAUAUAACACUAUCAAGUACGAAACAUUUUUCUCCAAGUUCGUCAUAGAAAAACUAGUGACCUUCACUCACUGAGUUUUCUGUAACGUAGUCGUGGCCGAGUGGUUAAGGCGAUGGACUAGAAAUCCAUUGGGGUCUCCCCGCGCAGGUUCGAAUCCUGCCGACUACGGCGCAAGGCUCCAGUUUUGUCGGCUCAUGCAUUAGUUUUAUUCUACGAUAAGCGGAGAAGGUGGAGUGUCCCUGACUGCCACCAUUUUUUGCCCGCCUAAGUUAAAGAAUCAUUGUGUCACGCUCUAUUUGUUUUGACGAUUUUACAGGUUGCUCAUGUAAUGCUGGUGGCUCUCUUAGCACAUAUUGUAACGAAAUCACAGGACAGUGCCCAUGCUUGCCGGGUAUCGGUGGAAACCAGUGUGACAGGUGGGUUGGUUGGUUAAGCUGAACACAAACUUGUCCUUACGCAUGCUGAUUUAUAGGGGUACUUUUCAACUAAGUGCCGUAAAACGAAAACCAAAGUAAUCACAAUCAGAUCAACGUUAAAUGUAAUGGAGAGCAAGUGAGAACUCAUAUCAAACAUCCGCAACCUACGCAGAGCACGUGAAAAGCGACCAAGUCGCGAUUGGUUUUGGUUUGGCAUCUGAUUGGAUUAGAAUUUGGAGCGAGUGCUGUAUCUAACCAAUCACAGAGCAUAGUAUAACGACGUAAACGUAUUUCCAACCUAGUCUCGUCUCAUUACUUUUUCUUCACAGGGUUAAGUCCAAUGACUAUUACUACCCCACACUUCAUCAAUAUAAAGUCGAGUUAGAAGAUGCGAUCUCCACUGACAAUGGCAGAUCAGCUUACUCCAGAUACGACGAGAGUGAAUUCCCGGGAUUUUCUUGGCGAGGUUACGCAGUUUUCUCGCAGUCUCAGGUAACAACGUAAUUUUGUUUUUGUGAGCUGGGAUUGAAAAUGUUUCCGAUUAUCUUUCGUUUUUGGGCUGUUAUAAUGCUAAAUGAGGCCGAGGCAUUACCUCAUCUCCGUUGCCUUUCGAUUUGUACAGCUAAUAGGAUAUAUCUUCAUGUUAUUAAUAGCAUCAACACGUUUAUCACUCCUAUAGACAUCUAUAUAUAUGAUGAUUGAUGUUCCUCGAACAAGUAAAUACCAACUGGUAUUCUAUUACUUAUUGGCCCGAUACGCCACCGUGACGGCCUUAGUGAGAUUUACUCCAACAGUGAACUCAGGUAACUAUUAAUUGUUUAUUUCUGAGGCUGGGUCAGAAAAAAUUACCAAACGCAGACCGUCUUAUUAGGCGAUGCACGAAACCCUCAUGAGCCCUGAUUUUAAAAGUGUAUUUAAUUUCAAUUUUCCUUAAAGAAUGAAUGUGACCUGCUGUUGUCUAUUAACUCCUGUGCAAGGGUUACAGAGGAUGAAAGUGGAAGAAAAUUUAAACAGCAAUGGCGCAAAUGAGAAUUCGGCCGAACUAUUUAACGAACUAAAUAACUAAUUCAAGAGCGUAGUUAGUUCAUUCAGGUCUUUUUUUUCAUCCUGCCCUCUUCCUCCAAAGUUUUCUCUUAAGCCACGGCUAUUUGAAAUCUAGUUAUAUAUCCCGCGCUCGUAAAACACAACAUACCCUGAGAGGAACAACUUAGUUACUUUUGUCGGUCUUCUUUUCCUGCAUAACACGCCGCCCCUGCAACUCCAUAAGUCCUUCACCAGCGAUCGAAAGUCAGUAGUCAAAGAAGGGUAUCAGUUGAAACGGGACACUUCAUGUGUUCAUAAAUAAGAAAUUCCGUCUUAUUGCAGCUCUAUUUCCAUCAGGCUCUGCGACAGAGCAGACGCUGAAUGUCCGAUUCCGAGCAACAUCCAAUUGGUUCUACCGCUCAGCUGACUUCCUUGUGGUCAGAGACACUUGGGGAGACCCACAGCAAAUUAUGCUGAGUCAGGGAAAAUGGAAAUCUACGAUGUCGGCCUCCGCUACUGAUCUUUUCGUGGUAGGUGGACGAAACUUAACCUUUAGCCACGAAAUGGUUCUUCAUUCUAAUUAAGUUGCAUCUCCACUCUCUGCAAAGACGCCUAAUUCAGCCUCUACGCCAGUGUAGAAUAAAGUUGACUUUAAUAUUGCCUGCCAACGUGGUGCAAAAUUUGAUUGUAUAAAAAUAUAUCACUUUUAACACUGCCACUUGCUUUAGGUGACUUAACAGUUGGCUGCCUUAUCUCGUUUCCGAGCUGGAAUCCAAGUAUAGCUCUUCCAGGAGAGAGGCACUGUACUCAAGAAUAGAGAACAGUGCCUUAGAGCCAAGAUUUAUUCAUCCGGCGCACCAACAAUAUUAAGGAAUUGACAUCUCUUCCUCUCUCGAUUACACUGAGGCACUAGACAAAAUUCUGAAAAUUACCACACAAAUGAAAGUAGUCAGUCAAGGUCCACAAACGUUAUACCUCUGUCUUUCUUCAUAGGACUACAUGGUGCUACUACCAGAGGAGUAUUACAAACCAAAGAACCUCGAAGUUAACGUCUUUAGUCCUUGUAAACUUAGAGGGGACAGUAGCCAUUGCUCUCACUUAGCCUUCCCAAGCCUCAAACAAGACGGGUUUGUGACUAUCCAAGCAGAGGACAGUUCGGUUGUUGGUGGCGUACGAAGAAACCGACGAGUAACGGAUAUUCCCUUCCAUGGGCUUAUUCUGACUGGCUCUAGGGUGAGUUCAUAACCGUCAUGGUUCCAAGAUGUUUGAGUGUUUCAAAUUUCAGGCAUACAGACUCAGGUUUUCUGGGCUCUGUGACAGGAAAGAGUCUUUCCAAUAGAUUUAUUUGUAAAUAUGACUUUUCUGUCAUCGUCAGAAUGAAAUGUCCUUCAGUUUACCUUCUAAAGUGCAAGGCCAGUUUGUCCUGUUGGCCAGCUAUUUCCACGAUUCUGAUAAAGAAGGAGUCUCAGUUCUGGUCGUUAAAACUGGCUCUGAAAUCUUAAGAGCGCAAAUGAGCAUUCUCUCCUGCAGGUAAGAUGCAAUAAUGUAAUUCUCGAUUUCUUUCUUUUCUCCACUUUUUCAUUGUUUUCCCAGCGAGCAACUAUCUCACUUCAAGUUCCAUUCAAAAGCAGCAAGGUUUUCAGCCCUCUAUGACCUGAUUACUGUUGAGUGUGAAACUUGCCUCCAACUUGUGUGAAACUUGCUGCGGACCAUUUGCGCCAAUUUAGACUCUUUGACUGUUAGAGCGGUUAAAGUGUAGAUUUUCCUUACAAGUUAAGUACACUUUCAGGCAUACAAGGAAAGGGAGGUACGAAAUUUAUCAACUCGGGGAUAUUUUCGUGAUACGAAACCAAUUCAUGGAAAUAACCUAUUUAAGCAAAACCUGAGAAGUGUUCUGUAUCGGAACUUGAGGUAUUUCUAAGCCAUAGCGAAGUUCAGCCAGGUGAUCAUGUUAGAGAAUGUGCAAAAUCAAAUGGGGUGUUUUUGCUUUCCGUUUUUUUUAUUUAUGUGCAGAUAUCGUUUUGGCUGUCGACAAGUAGCUAUCGACAAGAACCAUGGUGUUGCUGUAUUCAUAGCGAGUCAAAAGGAAGAAACCACUGUCAGUAUGACAACCUCGUUAACAAUCGCUUUGGUGAGUUUGCUGAGACCAUCUGUGGCUCUCAAAUAAAGUGGAAUUCCGCUGUGUUUACUUGACUAACAGUCUGUCAUACGUGAGUUCGCUAGGCGUAGUAGUGGAAGUGAUGAAUAUUAGGACAAGUCCUGUCACUCUCGAAAUUUCGUCUGUUGAAACAUGAUUCAAACCUUUCAAAUUUUUUUUCAUUGUACAGUGAAUGGUUUGACUUUUUGCAAUAGUUAAGGAAUGUGGGCGUCUCAUCACUGGAGUGUUCCCUUGUUAACACUUUUACACCCCACAUCUCAUUAGUAAUGAGAUGUGGUCCUUACUGUAUGCCAUACAAUUAUAAUGAUGUCAGUUCAGAGCGAUUGGCAUUAGAUCAACUAAUCCCAUAAUUAAUAUUUUCCUUUAUUCCAAUCACUUGUUAGAGUCCGAACGAACUACCUGCUAGGUUCAGGAACAACGAAUGACUGGGCCAAGAGUAAGAUUCGUGGAGACGUAGAUAUAUAUAAUUGAUUAAUUGUUUCCUUUAGGACUUCAUUACUGCUGUUCCUCUCGCCAAAUGGACCCAGAAGCUCUUGUUACCAGCAACACAGUGCAUCAGUAACGGUUUCUCGUGUGUACAGUCAACGUACUUUACUCCGAAAGAUGCCGUGAAGGUGGAGGCCGAAGACAGGUUGAACGGUGGCGAUAAAGCCCCUUACUACAUCAUGGACAGAAGGGCGAGACUGAAGCACCUGAAAGUGGGCGAGGUAAUGCUUUCAAUAAAGAGAUAAUGAAGAGAUUUUACACUGGAUUGCGACAUAAUAUCUUUACUGUGGAAUAAGGUAGUAUCCAAAUGUUAAAGUGAAAAGAUUCAGAGCUGUUUCUUUCUUAACAAAUUUUGAAAAAGAAGCAAAUGUGAUGAAUGAUGUAAGGUUUUCAGAUCGAAGCACAUCCAGAUGCAUAAGUUUUUUUUACGUAGCCGUGGGGAGAUUCUUUGCUGAAGGGCAAGUUGGCUACUUAUCCGAAUCGAAGCGUGUCUUCAAAGACAUUAAGAGUAAACUCGGAGAAAGUAAGGAUGAGAGGCCUUUCGCUGUGGCAGCUCUGUCGCUAACUAAACUAUUAUUUAUUUAAAAUUUCAAAGCGGCACCCUUUAUCUUAAGCGACAGGUAAUAAUUCUGCCAUUUGCAGGUACUAUCACGGGUAUUGAGGGUUCAGAUCUGAUGAGAUCCUGUCGAGAUUUUGGUAAAGAAGUGGUCAUGUCAGUGAAACGAUGAAUCUGUUUGGAAUGUUAUGAACUCAUUUCUGCUUUUAGAAAACUCUUCACAUCAAUGGAAGAGCGCGAACUGGUCGCUACUACGUCAUUGUGCAUUUCUACCAGCCGAACUUCCUCUCCUUCCUGGGAAAAGUUGUUGUCAGUGGACAGAACGCUGCGUCCACGCUGUUGACGUUCAGCUACUGCCCUCACGUGUCGGGCUGCAGAGCCAUAGGUACCUCACAGCACAGGGAGGGUAUGCGUGAAUCUAUCUACGUUGGGCGACAGAAUGACAUACUUGUCAGUAUAGCCAUUCCUGAGGACAAAGGUGUAUGGAUUGUAAGUAGUCACAUGUGACUCGUUUUCUUUCUAGUCUGACAAAAUCACAGUCUAUAGUGUUUUUUUACCCUUUACGGUGGCUAAUUUACGUUUUCAACCCAGUUGUUAACACUAAAUUACCUGCUGUAGUGUUAUUGUGCUUUUGAGCAAACUUAUGUAUCUCUGAAUAGUCGCAACGAACCUAGAGGACAGUGGCCUACAAUGGCCAAUGUUUAGUAUGGUGACUGUGACAUGAAGCGUCUGGGAGUAUUUUCAAGUGACCCACUCUCAGAGAAAUUUAUCUCACUAGUUGCCACUUAGGGUGUAUUUCGAUUGAGUGUUACAAAAUCAAAACCAAAGCCAUUAAAACAGCCAAUCAGAGCGGAGGAAAACAUCUAAACGAGCCAAUGGGAAUUCAAAGUGAAAACAAGCAAACUGCUUAUAGCGCGGGAAAACGCGAGUGACCUAGUCCAGAUUGGUUUUGGUUUUAAUUCUGAUUAGUUGAUAAAGAGGCGGAGGUAUUUUAGUCUUUUCAUUUAACGAAGUGAAACGAAACUAAAGCAAUCCUCGAUAACUUUCGACAAUAAAAUGAAAUGCACAUUAGUCUAGCUUUCGUGCGACUAAAGCGCUCAAUCUUAUUGUCCACUUCCGCUUUAUAGAGGUUCUCGCUACGCACAGGCUCAUUUUGAAGUUAAUAUGGAGCGAAACUUUUAGUAAAAGGCUAUUGUCCGCAUAAUACUAGUUUUGAUUAAGUCCGGGUGAAGUAAGUGAUAGGGAGAGUCAGGUGCCCGUCCCUUAAUGAAUAAGGAGAAUGACCUUUAGAAAAACUCGUAAGCGACUCUUUCAAUUUUUAGUUCAUGCAAUUGAAGCAGAGAGCUUACAACUUUAAGCCUUAUGUAUAGCGGACUUUCUAUUAUGAGCGACUUCUUAAUAACAGGCUGAUUUUUACUUUUUUUUCGUUCAGGAUUACGUGUUAUUGGUUCCAAUCUCGUCCUUCUCAGCAUCCCUUCUGGAUAUAAAACCCAUCGAUAUCACGCAAGAUUUUAUACAGGAUUGUGGACAACGCAGCUUUUUCUUGAAAGAAUCUACCUCGCAAUUCUGCCUUCGCUCUGCAUUUAUCCUCACAACUCGAUUCAACAGCGGUGCAUUAUCAUGCAACUGCGACAGCCUGGGAGCUACAAAAACGAGCUGUGAGCCAUUCGGCGGACAGUGUGUGUGCCGACCUAACGUGAUUGGUCGAGCAUGCGACAAAUGUAAAAGCGGUUAUAGCGGGUUUCCUUACUGCAAGAGAUGAAAGAAAUAUCAAGCGAUCGACAAACAAAUCAAGUUAUAUUUCCAGUAGCUAGUCAUACCCAUUAUUCUCACGGCUUUGGCGUAUUAUCAUUAAAAGAGAGAAUCGUACUAAGAAAUCGAGCUUCCCCUACGGGCCUUAAUCCCGAGAGAACCCCUGUAAAGUUCUUUUUUGAGGAAUGAAGUCCAUAUGAGCAGUCAGUCUAUACGUCUAAUCUUCUCUUGAGCAUGCGCACCACUUUUGAUAUAGCGUAUCAAUUUCACAACGAAAGGCCACUUCGCAUACAAAACUUUAGGGCUGACUCUUGACUCAUCGUGCUCAAACAAAAUUGCAUUGAAAUAUAAUGUUCUUCAUUUGUAUAUGUAUAGCGAUAUCUUCCCGUUUGGGGUCUAUCUUUGGAGAGUUUCAUAUAUAUCAAUUUUUUAAAAGAAAUAAAAAAGCUUUUCUAGGGUAAUGUUAAUAGAAAUAUUAUUUCAACUGACAGGUCAUGUAAGUGAUUCUGGUGCCUUUUAAAAGACUUGUCAUGGGACUGGGAAGUCUGUAACUCGACCACCCUACGCCCUGAUUAGUAAAGAAUUGCGAGGUUGAGAAUUAACUCUCUCCGAUUACAACAAAAUAUUCAUAAAGUCGAUUCCCUUGUGCUUGUGAUUUAUAAACAUUCUCAUUUUCUUCUGAAAUCCACCGUGGAGGGUAAGAAAACGAAGAGCAGU